AUGCCCUCGCCCCCAUACUCACGGCAGAGGGCAAGUGGGAACCCCCCCGCAAUUAAGAUCGUGCCGGACAAUGUGUUCCAGAUCCAGCAGGCUGUUUGCGAGUGGAGCGACAGUGCCAAUUGGUAUAACCUGAUUUUACUCAGCGGAGGAACAGGCUUCGCCAUCAAGGAUAACACCCCUGAAGCGGUCUCUCCCCUGAUUCAUCGUCAUGCCCCGGGCCUAGUCCAUGGCAUGAUUGCCGCUUCAUUGAAAGUAACCCCAUUUGCGAUGAUGUCCAGACCGGUUGCUGGAGUCCGAGACAAAUCAUUGAUCAUCACCUUGCCAGGAUCUCCCAAAGGAGCCAUAGAGAAUCUCGAAGCCGUUGUUAAGCUUCUACCACAUGCUUGUUUACAAUCAGCCGGCGCCAAUUCACGCAAUAUGCACGCUGCCGGUAUCAAGAGCCUCGAGGCGGAGGCUGGUGUGAGUGUCAACUCUGGUUCCAGUGCCCCUUUGCAGAAAAAACAAAGCCAUUGCAGCCACCAUCACGGCCCAGGACACGCAGCUCCCAAGGCUCAUACCCCGUCGAACCGUCAACAGUCAAAUGACCCUUCUGCUGGUCCUAACCGGAGAUACCGAUCAUCACCUUACCCAAUGCUCUCUGUAGAGGAAGCCCUCAUGCAGAUCAGCGAGCACACCCCCGAGCCCAUUAUAGUCGACGCCCCAGUGAACACUGCCAUAGUGGGAUCUGUUGUGGCUGAAGAUGUUUAUGCUGCAGAGUCAGUCCCAGCAUACAAAGCAAGCAUCGUCGACGGCUACGCUGUGAUCGCACCGGACUCCACGAACAAUGCUCCGAGUACGAAAGGCGUUUUCCCUGUAGCAUCGAUCACUCACGCCAACGUCGGUGGAUCCCUAAAGCCUCUCCAGCUAGGCACUAUUGCUAGAAUUACCACCGGCGCCCCUCUCCCUCCCAACGCAAAUGCCGUAGUCAUGGUCGAAGACACUGACUUGGUCUCCUCCACCCCCGACGGAACUGAAGAAGCCACCAUCGAGAUCCUGACCGGAGACAUCGAGCCGGGCGAGAAUGUCCGCGAGCCCGGUAGUGACGUCCGCCUCGGCGAGAAGAUUCUCACUCGCGGAGAUAUCAUCUCAUCCACUGGUGGUGAGAUAGGCCUACUCGCCUCCACCGGCAUCAGAACAGUAAAAGUCUUCAGAAAGCCUCGAAUCGGUGUCCUAAGCACAGGCGACGAGCUCGUCGAACACGACGACCCAUGCACCCUCACCGGGGGCCAGAUUCGCGACUCCAACCGACCCUCACUCCUCUCCUGCCUCUCAUCCUGGGGCUUCCCAACCGUGGACCUAGGAAUUGCACGCGAUACACCAGCCAGCGAACUCGAGCAUGCCCUCCGAGACUCCCUCCGCGGCGUAGGCCGCGCCUCAUCCAGCGUAGACGUGAUCGUGACCACCGGUGGCGUCUCAAUGGGCGAGCUGGACCUCCUCAAACCAACCAUCGAACGCACUCUCGGCGGCACAAUCCACUUCGGCCGCGUCUCCAUGAAACCCGGCAAGCCGACGACUUUCGCAACAGUCCCCUUCAAAGAAGCAGGCGACGGCAACACACAGCAAGAACGCAAAUCAAAACUCAUCUUCUCCCUCCCGGGUAACCCUGCCUCGGCUCUGGUGACUCUAAACCUAUUCGUCCUGCCAUCGCUGCACAAGCUCUGCGGUCUGGGCGAGAGCGCGCGCGCUGUCAGCCCAAAGCCCUGGCUGGCACCACAGCUCGGCCUGCCCCGUGUCGCCGUGGUCUUGACACACCACUUCCCACUCGACCCGAAGCGUACUGAGUACCACCGUGCCGUGGUGACCGGAUCACGCUCUGAUGGCCGACUAUAUGCUACCAGUACCGGCGUGGAGGGCGUGGGACAGCGGAGCUCGCGUGUCGGUAGUCUCGCCAGUGCGAAUGCCCUGGUUGUACUGCGCCCUGGCCGUGGAGUCGGUAUCAAGGGCGAGAUUGUGGAAGCGUUGAUGAUGGGCAGUGUUUACGGCUCGGAUACUCGACUCAUUUGCUAA